AUGAAAAGAACUGCUGAUGAACAUAUCUCUGUGGCAGAUGAUGUUGUCGCUGAACAAGAGCAACAGCCAGCAAAGAUGGCCAAGACAUCUCAAACCACAUCAGAGGAGAAACAUAUAACUGAAUUUGAGGUAAUGCAAGCCUAUAGGCAAUUGCAGGGUGAUAUCACUAAAGGUAGAGUGCGUGCUCUUCGUGGUGGAGAUAUUGAUAUUACUACAGACACAUUAGAGACUGUGGAUAAAUUAUAUGAAUUCAUUAAACAAAAAAAAAAUAAUAAUUUGUUUGCUGAGGACUCUAGGGCCAUUGCUGGUAUUAGUGAGCUAGCAGAGAUUACUGUGCGUAAUUUGAAGUUGGGGGAAAUGAAAGGAUUAACUAAUAUCGAUGAUAUUAUGGCAUAUUGUAAACGAUAUAUGUUACAGGAACAUUUUAAACAAAAUAAUAUAGUGGAGACUAAGAAUAAUUUUGAAGCAACAAAUCAUGAUACUGAUGCAGAUGAGGAUGAUGAGAAUGAAGACGAGAGACCAAAUGAUGAUGAUGAUUAUGAAUCAUUCAAUAAUAAAAAGGUAGAUGAAUUGAAAAAAUCGACACUAAAAAAGGAUUUUUUGAAUCAAUUUCAGAAUUAUGAUUCAUUUCAUCAAUUUAACUGGUUUAAGAUGGGUAGUCUAUUUAAUGGAUUAUCAAAAUUACCACUAGUGACCGAUAACUUAAUCGGACCGUUUGCAAUUGAAAAGAAAGUGAAAGUGAAAGUAAUUAGGAAGAGAAACAUAGAUGUUGUUGGAGAAUUAGUAAAACCUGAUAAUCCAUCAGCAAAGGAUUUGGUCGAUAAUGAUGAACAAACGACACCAGAACAAGUUAAGAGAUGUUUUAAAAUUUUAUCCAAAAAAUUAGGUAAUGAUGAUAAAAUAUCAUUAUUUAAAUUUGUUCUUGAUCCAAAUUCUUUCCCUAAAUCCGUUGAAAAUUUGUUUUAUACUAGUUUUUUGAUUAAAGCAGGUAGAAUUGUAAUGGAAGAAGAUGAGAAUGAUGGUUAUCCUACGAUACGAAUCAAAAAUAAACCAAAAGGGAAAGAUAAAGAAGAGAGGAAUAUACAAAAACAUAAAAAUUCCCAUGCAGAAGAACAUCAUAUUAUAUUUCAAAUGGAUAUGCCAACUUGGUCGAAAUUAAUUAAAAAAUUUAAUAUAACAUCAAGUUAUCUUGAGACAUAA